AGUACGGAGAAGAGCAGCGGUCGGUAUUACAGAGUACGGAGAAGAGCAGCGGUCGGUAUUACAGAAUACGGAGAAGAGCAGCGGUCGGUAUUACAGAGUACGGAGAAGAGCAGCGGUCGGUAUUCGAGAUCUGCCGCGUCACAGAAGAAUCACACUCGAACCUCAACAGAAAAAAAAACAACUCAAAACAAGAAGUGAACUCGAACGAACCCGAGAGAAAACGGAGCCUUUGUUUUCGGAAGCAGCAGGGAGGCGAACCGGAAGAAAGAUGAUGAGUUUUCUGCCAUAUUUCUCCGCUGAGACCUGGACCCUCCUGGCCCUCCUCAUCACCCUCAUUGUAGUGUAUGGGUACUGGCCCUAUGGUGUAUUCACUAAGAUGGGUAUCCCUGGUCCCAAACCCCUACCUUACUUUGGCACAAUGAUGGAGUAUAAAAAGGGCUUCACUAACUUUGACACAGAGUGCUUUCAGAAGUACGGGAGAAUCUGGGGGAUCUAUGAUGGGAGGCAGCCUGUUCUGUGUAUCAUGGAUAAAAGCAUGAUCAAGACCGUCCUGAUUAAAGAGUGUUACAGCAUCUUCACCAACCGCAGGAACUUCCAUCUGAAUGGUGAGCUGUUUGACGCGGUGUCCGUUGCAGAGGACGAUACAUGGAGACGGAUCCGCAGUGUCCUCUCACCUUCCUUUACCUCUGGACGACUGAAAGAGAUGUUUGGUAUCAUGAAGCAGCACUCUUCUACCCUGCUGAGCGGAAUGAAGAAGCAGGCAGAUAAAGACCAGACCAUUGAACUGAAGGAGUUCUUUGGGCCCUACAGUAUGGACGUGGUCACCAGCACAGCUUUCAGUGUGGACAUUGACUCUCUGAACAACCCUUCAGACCCCUUCGUCUCCAACGUCAAGAAGAUGCUCAAGUUCGACCUGUUCAACCCACUGUUCCUCCUAGUCGCUUUGUUUCCCUUCACUGGUCCGAUCUUGGAGAAGAUGAAGUUUUCUUUCUUCCCGACUGCGGUGACAGACUUCUUUUACGCCUCGCUGGCAAAGAUUAAAUCUGGACGUGACUCUGGGAACUCAACUAGUCGGGUGGAUUUCUUACAGCUGAUGAUCGACUCUCAGAAAGGCAACGACACAAAGACAGGAGAGGAACAGACUAAAGGACUGACUGACCAUGAGAUCUUGUCUCAGGCCAUGAUCUUCAUCUUCGCUGGCUACGAGACCAGCAGCAGUACUAUGAGUUUCCUAGCCUAUAACCUGGCAACCAACCCCCAUGCCAUGACCAAACUGCAGGAGGAGAUAGAUACUGUGUUCCCCAACAAGGCUCCAAUCCAGUACGAAGCUCUGAUGCAGAUGGACUAUUUGGACUGUGUGUUGAACGAGUCUCUGAGACUGUACCCCAUCGCCCCGCGACUGGAGAGGGUCGCCAAGAAGACGGUGGAGAUCAAUGGCAUCAUCAUCCCCAAAGACUGCAUUGUCCUGGUUCCCACGUGGACCCUCCACCGUGACCCAGAGAUCUGGUCUGACCCUGAGGAGUUCAAACCAGAGAGGUUCAGUAAGGAGAACAAGGAGCCUAUUGAUCCGUACACAUACAUGCCGUUUGGGGCGGGGCCCAGGAACUGUAUCGGGAUGCGCUUCGCCCUGAUCAUGAUCAAACUGGCCAUGGUCGAGAUCCUCCAGGGUUUCACUUUCUCCGUCUGCGACGAGACCGAGAUCCCUCUGGAGAUGGACAACCAGGGUCUGCUGAUGCCAAAACGACCAAUCAAACUGAGGCUGGAGGCCCGUUGAAACACCCCUAGCAACACCACCGCCACCACUCUGAAGAGUCCAACAACGUGACCAAAUGCAGGAGCACCCCACCCUACCCUAGAGCCCCACCCUAGAGCCCUCCACCCUACCCUAGAGCCCCCCCCUAGAGCCCCCCACCCUACCCUACCGUGGAGUACCUCUCUCUCUCUCUCUCUCUCCCCCCCCCAGGCAAAAGGGCUUUACUACAAACAGAAAUACUCCCCCGCUAAUUAACAUUUCUGGAAUCUGUUAUUUCAGCUCAUGAAACAUUUUUGUUCAACAGCCUAUCUAUCUAUCUAUCUAUCUAUCUAUCUAUCUAUCUAUCUAUCUAUCUAUCUAUCUAUCUGUCAAUCGGCUACUAAAUAUUAAAUAUUAAAUCCAUGGCAUGAUGUCAUGUCUGGAACCUGGACACUGGUGGCUGGAGGCUGGAAUUCUCCUAGAAUGUAGAACUCUAGCUGGUGUUCUCUAGAACUGUACUCUCAUUCUGUUCCUCUGGGUGUUCUGCUGUCCAGUCAUUCCAAAAUAGAAUCUUUACUGUCUGUUGAGAUGAUCCCUGCAGCUGCUUGGUUUUAACUUUAAUCAUCACAAACCAAUAAAAUCAUCACGCUAAUGAA